AAGGGGGAGGGGAAAGAGAGAGACAGAGAGAGAGACAGACAGAGAGAGGGAGGGAGAGAGAGAGGGGCUGUGAUCAGUGACUGCGGCAGUGGAUACACUGUGUGUCAGGCGGAUACAUUGUACAGCGAGCGGAUACAUUGUUGCCCCUGACUGGAUACAGUCUCCACGUUCCACCCAUGUAUCAACAGCACCGGGAGCAGAGGCGAGUCACCGACUCGGAGAAGAGCCGCUGUGCCGCGGUUUUUCAGGAGUGUGAUUCGGGUCGGAGCGGAUACCUGAGCAGGGAGGACCUGAAAGUCGCCGUGGUGUCGAUGUUUGGAUACAAGCCGUCGAAGAUGGAGACGGACAUGCUGAUGACUUCAGUGCCAGAGGACAACCAUUUGCCAGGCUUGCCUCUGGACCAGUUCACAAGCCUCAUGUGCAGCAAGCUGGCAGCCAUGGACCCAUAUGAAGAAUCAAGGCAGAUCUUCUCGGCAUUUGAUGUCCACUGUCGUAGUUUUUUGACAGUGGAGGAUUUUAAGAGGGCGUUCGCAAAAGUGGCUCCACAUCUAUCCGAACAAACUGUGCUCGAAGCCUUCAGGGAAGUGGAUCGGGACUCGGACGGUCGCGUCAGCUUCAGGGACUUUGAGAUGGUGAUGGGCCACCAGUAGGAAGGCGAUGACGGCUGGAAUGAGGACAAGGACUUCAACCCUCGACCCGAUUGUGUCUGUAGUUCCUGUUCGAUGUGUGUGUGUGUGUGUGUGUGCGACUGAACCCUGAACUGUCGUGUUUAGCAGGGGAGGGUCACUUCCGCAAAGUCUAUUGUGAUGAAACGUGCCUCCGUCCAAGUUGGCCCCAACCAACAUGUGCUUUGAGAGUGUGGACCUCAUUAGCUCUCUGACAUGGGGACCCUGGGCCUACUCUGUGAUAGAUAGAACAUCGAUCUAUCACAGAAGCACUUUGUGACUUUUUUUUAAAAUUAAGAAGUCACUCCAACACCGCGUCUCUUUUUUGUUUUGUAAACCAGCACCUGCUGUUCCUUGUGCCUGCGGGAAACAGUAGCCGAUAGAGUUGCGGCUGGUAGAGUUGCUGUCUCGCAGCUCCAUCGUCCCAAGUUCCAUCCUGACCUCAGGUGCUACCUGCGCGGAGUUUGCACGUUUGCAUGUUUUUCUUGUGACCACGUGGGUUUCCAACCGGGUGCUCCAGUUUCCUCCCACAUCCCAAAGACAGGUAGGUUUGUGGGUUAAUUGGCCCUCUGUAAAAUUUCCCCUCAUGUUUAGGUAGUGGAUGAGAAGAUGGGAUAACAUAGAACAUGUGUGAAGGGGUAAUCGGUGGCUGGUGGGCCAAAGGGCCUGUUCCAUACUGUAUCUCUAAAGCUAAAACCCAAAACAAAUACAGAACAGCCACCCUCUUUUGACCCUACGGCUUUCCCUCUAUCCCCAUCCCACCCCUAUCUCCCUCAAUCCUCCAUCUCCCUCUAUAUUCCCUCUUUCUCCAUCCCUCCCCACAUCCUAGUUCUCCGACCAGUCUGACUGCCCUGAUUAAAUGUUAUAUGUGUAUGCUUCCUUGUCACCUUACCCCAGCUAGCAAUGAUCCAUUCUACAUUUUCCUUGCUCUGCGUCCCCUUUGACAUCUCGUUUUCACACCUCACCCUUCCAUAUCUCCGUGUCUUCGCUCUCCCCUGACUCUCAGUCUGAAGAAGGGUCUCGACCCAAAACGCUACCCUUUCCUCCUCUACAGAGAUGCUGCGUGUCCCGCGGAGUUACUCCAGCAUUUUGUGUCUAUCAUCGCUGCGAACCAGCAUCUGCAGUUCCUUCCCACGCCUUCGGCCCACAAUGUCCAUGCCGAACAUGGUGCCGUUAAACUCAUCUCCUCCGCCAUUUCAUCCCAGGAGAACGUUACUGUGAAGCACAUUGGCCCACAUUACUACAUUAAAGGCGCUCUUUAAAUUAGUUUAGUUUAGUUUGGAGAUACGGCGCGGAAACAGGCCCUUCGGCCCACCGAGUCCGCACUGACCAGCGAUCCCCGCACGUUAGCAGUACACUAUCCUACACACACUAGUGACAAUUUAAAAUUCAUGACAACCCUGGACGUCUUUGGAGUGUGGGAAGAAACCGAGGAUCUCGGAGAAAACCCACGCAGGUCACGGGGAGGACGUACAAACUCCGUAUAGCCAGCACCCGUAGUCAGGAUCGAACAUGCAUCUCUGGUGCCUCAAGCGCUGUGAGGCAGCAACUCUACCGCUGCGCCACCAUGACACCCUGUCAAAACACUUACUCUUGAUAGGUUCCAGUGGCUGUGACAGAUGCCGGUUGCCUGAGUGUUGGAGAGAGUGAGCUCUAUCCAAAUCUAACAUCCUUUCCAAUGGGUUUUUUCCAGCCACAAGCCACACCAAGUGACUUGAUUUCAUUUAUUCCCUGGCGAUCUUCAAAAGGCUGGGAAUAGGCACAGUGAACAGAUUUGUUCUUUGUCAAUCCUCCCAUGGUUGCCACGGAGAGAGAUCAGAACCUAUCACGCCCGCACCCGGGUGAUACUUUGGGACCACGCGCUGUCCACGGGCGGCGAGGGGGAUUUCCGGGACCGUUGGUCUCCACGUGGGGUGGAAGUCAUCCUCAAUAAGGAUUGUAAUAUAGUUGUAUAGUGGUUUAUUCAGUAUAUCUGUUGUCUUGUCUUAUGGUGGUGGGUUUUGUUUUGAUUUAUUUGGUACUGUAAAUAUCAUUGUUAAUAAUUGAAUAAAUCAUUUUUGGUUAAAAAAAUAAUAAAUAAA